UAAUUCAUCUUAUCCUUAGCUCUUUAAAUUUCCUCUUUGUUUUAAAAGCAAAUAUAAAUCAAACAUUAUGGGUGUGAAUACCUAUACUUAUGAGUCAACAACCACAAUUUCCCCUACAAGACUAUUCAAAGCUUUGGUUCUUGAUUUUGACAACCUUGUACCUAAAUUGUUGUCACAACAUGUUAAGAACAAUGAGACUAUUGAGGGAGAUGGUGGUGUAGGAAGCAUCAAGCAAAUGAACUUUGUUGAAGGUGGUCCAAUAAAGUACUUGAAACACAAGAUUCAUGUGAUUGAUGACAAGAACUUAGAAACAAAAUAUUCACUUAUAGAAGGUGAUGUUCUUGGAGACAAAUUGGAAUCAAUUACCUAUGAUAUCAAAUUUGAAGCUUAUGACAAUGGAGGUUGUGUUUACAAGACAACAACUGAGUAUCACACAAAGGGUGAUCAUGUUGUUACUGAAGAAGAACACAAUGUAGGCAAAGAGAGAAUCAUGAAUAUUUCCAAGGCUGUAGAAGCAUACCUUCUCGCGAAUCCUUCUGUCUACGCUUAAAUAUUGAUGAAAAAGAAUCAGGUCUACA